AAAUGUCAGAUCAGCACUUACUUGCCAUAGUCUCAAGACGUUGCUGCGGAACACGAUAGCCCAAACCUGACCAGCUCACAGCAUGGCAAAAUCGAAGCACCCUCGCCAGUCCAAGGGCCGUGUCCUCCCAUACGGCAAGCCGCAAGUCAAGGUGUCAUUCGAUUCAGCAGGAUCGAAAUCACACAAGACAAGCAUAGCAGUAAAGUCUGAAGCGACGCAGGGAGACAAGCAUGUUGCCAAAAGCAACGGAAAAGGGAAAGAGAAGGCGGCAGCACCAGAGAUCGAGCUGCAAACUCCACAGAAUGGCUCACAGGCCGCCGGACCUAGCACGUUCAUCAUCGUCGCUGGCUCCUACGAAAAGCUCUUGUAUGGGAUCGAAGGCAGCUAUUCAAGCUCGACACGUGAGGCCGAGCUCAAGCCCAUCUUCAUAUUUCCGGCGCAUUUGGCCUGCGUCAAAGCGGUUGCCGCUAGUCCAGGGGGAAAAUGGCUCGCGACGGGCAGUGAAGAUGAGUUUGUCAAGGUUUGGGAUUUGAGGCGGAGAAAAGAGGUUGGGAGUCUGUCGCAACAUCAGGGCUCCAUCACAUCCCUACACUUUCCUACAUCCGCGCAUCUCUUGACGACUUCGACUGACUCGACCUUGUCUCUCUUUCGGACUUCGGAUUGGGCCUUGCUCAAAUCUUUGAAAGGUCACAGCGGUAGAGUCAAUCACGUCGACGUGCAUCCUACCGGUCGAGUCGCUUUGAGCGUCGGAAAGGACAAGACCUUAAAAAUGUGGGAUCUGAUGCGUGGACGAGGCGCUUCGAGCUUGCCACUAGGCGAGGAGGCUGAGCUCGUCAGAUUCUCUCCGCGUGGGACACACUUUGCUGUCUUGUACCCUCGGAAGAUCGAGCUGUACUCCCUUACAAUGAAACUACUGCAUACUCUCGAGACAAAGAGCCGAUUCAAUACACUUCUCUUCGCCUCACUGCCCCGUGCAGCGUACUUCGAGGAUCCCGAUGAGGAAGAGAUGGAGAUGCUAUUUGUGGGGAAUGAGAAGGGAUCCACUGAAGGGUACUGGGUGGAUCUGGGCGAUGUUGAGGAUGAUUCGGAGGAAGAGGACGAAGACGGAGACCAAGACCAAGAAGAGGGUGGAAGUGGCAGUAUCAAUGUCGAUUUACGUCACAUUGUCACCCUGACGGGUCAUUCGAACCGCAUCAAAGCGAUAUCCUCACUCCGUUUCAUGGUCCCAAAUCAGCACGAUGUGCCGCGGCCGACAGUCCUCCUCACUUCCGUCUCAUCCGAUGGCAAGAUCAACCUAUACGACCUUGGCAGCUACAAUCUAAACAAUCUGAUCGAGCAGCACAAAGGUUCUGCGACGGCGGAGAUAUCCACCCAUGAUCCCGUUGCGAGUCACGACACCAAAGGGACGCGUCUGACUUGUGUCUUCCUUGCGGAGGGACGAAAGGGUGCGACCGGAUUGGGAGAGAGCGAAGUCAAGCAGAACAUUGGUCCUGAUGAGGAUGAGGAUGAUGAUGACGAUGGCGAGGAGGAGGAAGAAGAAGAGGAAGACAUGUAUGACCAAGCAUCAGACGACGAUCAGGAGGAGGAGGAGGAGGAUGGUAUCGAGGUUGAGCUCGAGGAGGAGGAGGACGAGGACGUAUCAGAAUAGCAAGCACCAGGCACCGGGUGCCACACUCGGCGUUUUCGAUAUCGUGUAGCUAUUUGCGGCGUUUUCAGCCAAUUUGAUUACGGCAUCUCCUCCCUGACGUUGUCUGCAGUUUGCAGAAUAUAUAAAGAGGUUACAGCUGAAAUGCCACGAUCGCCACUUUUUCCCCCC